UUUUGGGCCAAAUAAGAAGGCAACUUAGGUGCUUAAGAGCCUAGUCACUAACCUUAGAGGACCCAAACAAGUUUGGGUACGUAAAUGAAAUUGAUUUUCUUUUGUAGGUAAAUUACAAGGCUAAAGGAAGGUAUUGGAUGCUUAACAUGGGAUGCACUCAACACAUGACUAGACAUCAAGAGAUGUUUAAUUCAAUUGAUAUAAUUGGCAAAUAUGAGUUUCAAAGCAUUACACUUGGUGAUAAUGGCAUGGACAAAGUCAAAGGGCUUUGUAAGAUGGAAAUAUCUAGUGACAUGAGUAUAUCAAAUGUGUUACUUCAACCUACUCUCGGUGGCACAAUUACCUAAUCUUGGUUUUAAGUGCAUAUUUGGUAUUGAUGAUGUGGAGAUAUUAAGUAAUGAUGGAUCAAAUCUCAUAUUCAAAGGUUUUUGGUAUGAGAACUUGAAUUUGGUGGAUUUGACUCAAAAUAAGAUCAAUUAUCAACUGUCUAUUCUCCAAAUCAUGCUUGGAUUGGCUAUGGGAUACAAAUGUUGGCACAUGUUGGCAUGAAUCAAUUAUAUAAGCUUAUCAAGCAUGAUCUAGUCAAGGGAUUAAAAGAUGUCAUAUUUUUAGAAGGAUAGAUUUUGUAUCUCUUGUCAAGCUAGAAAUACUCAUUCAAACAAGAGUAUAAUGAGCAAUAGUAGGCCAUUGGAAUUAUUGAAUAUGUCUUUAUUGGACCAACCACAUACACAAGCAUUAGUAGCAACAAAUAUGGAUUACUUCUCAAUGUCCACAUGAGUUUUCUAUCUCAAUGACAUGAAGUCUUCAUCAUCCUCAAAACAUUUGUCAAGAGAAAUGAGAAUGAAUUUGAAUUUAAAAUCAAGAAAUUGAGGAGUGAUAAUGGAAGUGAGUUUAGAAACACAAGAAUGGAUGAGCUAUGUGAUGGCAUGGGAAUUAAGCAUGAGUUUUCAGCAAAUACAUUCCAUAAUCUAAUGGUCAUGUUGAGAGAAAUAAUAUGAGACUCUUGAUACAGAAUGGUUUAUGCUUAUAGUGAAUACAAUGUUAGUGAUUCUUUUUGGGAGGAAGCAAUCAAUGUGGCAUGUCAUGCUAGAAAUAGGAUCUAUUGUCAUUGGUUAUUGAAGAAGACACCAUUUGAGUUGUUGAUAAGAAGAAAGCCAAACAUUUAUGAUUUUAGAGUAUUUGGCUGUAAAUGCUACAUUCUCAAGCAAUGCACAAGAUUGGGCAAGUUUGAGAAGAAAUGUGAUUAGAAUUUUCUACUUGGAUACUUGAGAUCAAGCAAAGCAUAUGUAGUCUACAACAAGACACAUGGCAUAGUUGAAGAAGUGCAUGGCAUUGGAUUUUAUGAAACAAACGGCUCUCAAGCUCAAGAUGACAACUUUUUUAGAUGAUGUGAGAGGUAUCCAACUAAUCAAUGUGAUGAAUAACAUUAGAAUUAGUAAUAUGACACCAAGAGAGGUGAUAGAUGAAAAAUAUGACAAAGAUCAAGUGGUCCUUCCAAUAUUUAUGCAAAAAAUGAUCAACCAAGCACAAGUGGUUCUCAUGAUCAAAAUCAAAGUCAACUAGUGCAAGAUCAACAAAUGGCUAGUUCAACUUAAGUAGCACAAUUUAAUGAUCAACCAAGCUCAACUAAUCAAGAUCAAGUUAUCCAACAAAUCAUAAUUAUAAUAAAUAAUCCAUUAGACCAAAUACUUAGAGAUUUAAGGAGUGGUGUGCAAACAACAUCAAGGACUAUUGGUAUUGGUCCUAUUGGAGACUGAGAAUUCAGGACUUCAGUCACCUUUGAACCAACAAGGCAGAAGGCACCCGAUGAUAUUUCCCGAUUAAGUAACACGUAACGUGAAAGUUGUGGUCACGCCGAACCAUAGCAGCCUCCCAUAAAAAGUACUAGGCUAGUUGAGGUCAGUGCAAGUUUAACAAUGGUCGGUUUGCUUUGGGCAAGCAAGCGAGCUAUUGUAAGUUAUGCCGACCGUUUCACAAGGGGACAACGCACGGCCGGCCUGAAAAACUAGUCACUGACCCUGUCAAGAGCAACGAAACGGAUGCUUCGUUUUCACAGCACGCUUCGGCUCCAACUUUUUGUUGCUUUCUCUCAGGCAAGAACUGGACUCCGAAGGAUAUACCCAAGCCCCACCACUGGCCUUUUUUGUGGAGUCAACAUUCUACUAAUUUGAUAAAAAUUGUUCUGAUUUAAAAAAAAAGUAGGUUGAACAACGUUUUUUCUUACCGGAUCACGGUCAGAAUUUCCAGCUGUUUGAUGAUCUGAUUUCGUUUUCAUUCCGGUACCAGUGGAUUGGAUAGCCAGCGAGAAAAAAAUAUAUCAUAUUUUAUUGUCUCCCAUCUUGAAUCUGCCCUGCACCAGGCACGACAGCUGUAACCUUAAAAAUCUACUCACGGCUGCUCUAUAAAAGGUGAUGCAGUGAAGGAGCAUUCAGACGGAGAGAGAGCCAAGAGCCAAAGAACGAGGCGACAUGGCAUGGUAUUGACUUGGCUCAUCUCUCGCCCACACCAGAAUCCACAAGUGCCGGAGGAGGUGAGCCGAGCCAAUAUCACUUCAUGUCAUCUAGCGUUCUGCGACUGAAGAAACAAACUACUGUAAGUUCACCGUCAGGAAUUCUUGUUGCCACUGUUCAAGCUCCUUGGUUUCCAUUGGCACGAUGGUGAACUUCACUCUUUGUACAAGCGAAGAAAAUUCACUGGGGGGAGUGAUGCUCCUACCGGCUUAGCUGUAGUCCUGUAGAUUUGUGAUGUUUUUCUUGGCACAACUUUUUUUUGUUUCCUUUGUUGCCAUCUCGGUUUGCUUGUUUCAGAAACUCUGUUUAUGGUACUCAUUAUUCAUUCUGGUGUGUGCAUUACACAUAGCAUAUAGCCUUUUGACUUUCAUAGAUUCCCCCCCUCCCCCAGGGUUUACACAAGAUAAGAAAAUUUGGUAUGAAACUGUUAUAUUGGGCAGAAAUUUAUAUUGUAGACAGACAACAUCUGAACGGACAGGAGAUAUAUACUUGGCACUGACACUUUUGAAGGAGCACAGAUUUUCUUUACACCACACGGAAAAUGUUAGUAGUGUUGGUACUCCCUCCGUUUAUUCCUGUAAAGGCCUAACAGUUUCAAUAUUCUUGCCAAUUUUGAGGCGUACAUGGUCAAACUAAUCUCUUUUCACGCUUCAUUUCCUAAUUACUCAUGCCUGUUAACCACAAAAACUAAUCCCUCGCGCUCCCAAAGGGUUCGAAGGAUGGUCAAGCAUUUCUCUCAAGCCGCAUAUACAGGUAACGCCAAAGGAAGACUUGAAGGUUGCUUGUAGCUAGCAACACAGGCAAAGCAACAUUUCUUGUGUUAUCACUUUAGUGGAUGGCAAUGUCAACCUAGCGCACGGCCUACAGGUUGCACAUGAAUGUUUCAAAAGAGAUAGCACAAGUUUGAACCCUUAAUCAAUGGCCAAAUGAGAUAGAUGCUGCAACUGUCAUUUUUCUUGUACUAGACAUUUAUUAUACCUGAUCAUACAUUCCUGACAAGAGACUACUGUAGUUCUGAAAUAAUAGCCAGACAUUUUCUGAAAGAUGGAUCCUUUUUUACCUCACAUCUGAAACACAAGGGUAUACAGCAAGUAGCUAGCCAUGCAUUUUUGAAAAGUACUGAAGUGUAUUGUAGCAGAAUGGUUAACCAAACAGUUGCAGGAAGCACACAUUUUAACAUAUCAGUUAUAUUGGCUAGUAAAAGGAGCAUCCAAGUAAAAAAAUGAACUCCAAUAGAAUAUCCACAGGUUGCAAGAAACCAGUAAAACAACGUGAGUAAGUAAAAUGAGAUAUCGUUGAAUUAGCUAGCACGGUCCAAUCAAGCUUAAGCACACUGCUACGAAUCUGGCUCCGUGAAUUAACAGCAAUACCAAUGUCCAGUCUUAUCCUGCCAUUUAUUUAUAAUUUGUUUCACAGUAUUGACCAUUCAUUUUUCUUUUAACGCAAACAAUCGCUAAAACUUCAAUGGUAGCAAGUGAUUUUACAACAUGUUGGCUCCUGAUGUCCAGUUUGCUUAUAGUAGGCAGGGCCCCUCAGGCCUCAUCCUUGACAAUAGAGCAAGUAACUUGUAAACCAUCAGUUGUGAACUUUACAGCUCCUUUGGCAAGGAUGACACAUGACAGCUAUUUUGUUUUCCUCUCUUGAUGAGCUUUAAAUUCAAGCUAAAAUUGAAAUAUUACUCGAGACUCGUGUAUUUUAUUUCUACCUUAAUGAAAUGACACACAAGAAAAAAAAAAGAAAUAUCACUGAUUUAUCAACCAACCUUUUGUUUUAUGCCCCAUUGGUUUCUCAAACAACUUGGUAUUGUUUUAUUACUCAGUUGUUAAUGAGGUCUGCACUUGAAGCAUUUCCUGAAGAUUAGCUUCCAAAACAGAGUACUGACUGGAUUUGACCAUCUUCCUUACAAACUAGCAAAUUAACUACUACACUUCUUCUUUUAACCAUAUCAACAGUGGAAGUUCAUAGGUGGGUGUUGUAACUGCUGAUGUUGUCAGAUUUUUAAUGCCAUCGCUGAAGCUGUAUGGCUACAUUCUCUCAGCACUUAAAACAAGCUUGGAGGCUUAGCUGAGUAGAAAUUGUCUUGUAUAAUUUUCCACAUAACCUGUUUGAAUACACAUCUUUUGUAGUUAUAUGAACCCGUAUGGUGGCAAAAGCUAAGACUUAGUAAUCACUGAUCACUACAAGUUCCAGAUGGAAUUUUAGUUGUGAUGAAUUCAAAUGCAUAUUUGUUUCCAAACAGAAGCACGGCUUCUGGUAAUGUUCCGCUAGCGAAUUUAGGGGGAUUACCGGGAUCAGCCGACCCUUAGCAAAACAAUGUUAAAGUUUAAGAAAAAUUUAUAAUUUUAUACAAAAGUGACGCUACUGAUCCAGCAAUAUUCUUGGUUACUUGCAUUAAUUAAUAGGAACUUCUACAAGAGCCAUCGUUCCCCUCAUUCAAGACUCGUAAACACUAUCACAGAGGAAUACUGUGCAGUGUGCACGUACAUUUUGGGAACAGGCUUCCUAGUAAACUCAGUCCGAACAGUGAAGCAUGCAAAAUCAUUGAGCGUCAGAACUCUGAAUCAAGAACCUAAUCAGUAUUCACCUACCUUGUUCGCUGGCCACAAACCGGACCUCGCCUUUCUCCUCCAUCCUGGGCAACCUGAGUCGCCAGACCACUCUGCCCGCUGGGUCGGAGCCUUGUCCUCUUGUCCCGGCCACAAAUCCUGAAGUUACUGCUACCGUUGGGACGGGAUGGGCGUGACUUCGCCGACGGGAGGGUACGGACGGAGCCGCGACCGACUCUCGUAGUCGUAGGCUCGUAGCGCAGUGAGAUCCCGAGAGGGUCUCGGACAAUAAAACCCGAGGAGCUGGGCCUGGCUGUACGAUCCGGCCUGCGUUUUCUAGAUGGGCCUCCCAUGUGACUAGUAGCUGACUGGAUGGGCCUCAACAUGGUUCCUUGGUGUUGCGGGUGUGCUCCAGCCCCAAGUGUCCGAGUCUUUCCGGCGAAGGGUUUCGGACAGAGAAGAUGGCGACGGCGGCGGCAGGGUUGGCUCCGGCAAAGGAGGUGGUGGAGAAGAAGGUGGAACUCCUGAAGGAGAUACGGGCGCACGAGGUGGCGAUCGCGGAGCUAGACAACCUGAAUCCCUCCCGAGCGGUGUACCAGAAAGCUGGCAACAUCUUCUUCCGUAAGAGCGUCAAAUCGGUGAUCACAACGGAGCAGAGUAACCGCUAUAGCAUUGCAUCUUUGUCCAGUUACUUUCUCUCCUUAGCUUGCAUUGUCUAA